GUCAUAUUAACAUUAUAUUUAAGAUGUCCGAUAAGUCCUUUUUAAUAGAUUUUUUUGCGGGAGGAAUAUCUGCUGCAAUAUCAAAAACAGCCGUAGCUCCUAUAGAGCGAGUAAAAUUAUUGCUUCAAGUGCAGCAUUCGUCAAAGCACAUCAAGGCUGAAGAUCAAUAUAAAGGGAUCAUGGAUGUUCUUAUUCGAGUACCUAAAGAGACUGGUUAUUUGAGUUUAUGGAGAGGAAAUCUGGCUAACGUUAUUAGAUACUUUCCUACACAGGCAUUAAAUUUUGCCUUUAAGGAUAAGUUCAAAGAGAUAUUUAUGUCUGGUAUCCCAAAGGAACAAUUUUGGAAACUAUUUGCUGGUAAUUUAGCAGCAGGAGGUGCAGCAGGAGCAUCGUCGCUUCUUUUUGUUUAUCCCCUUGAUUUUGCCCGAACAAGAUUAGGUGUUGAUAUUGGAAAGGGGAAGAAUAGGGAAUUUCAAGGAUUAUCGGAUUGUCUUAUAAAAGUUUAUAAAAGUGAUGGUCCUAUAGGAUUAUAUAGAGGCUUCGUUGUCAGUGUUCAAGGAAUUAUUAUAUAUAGAGCAAGUUACUUUGGUUUAUACGACACCAUAAAAUCAGUAUAUCUAUCUAAAUCCAAAUCCUCGUCACUUUUAAUUAGUUUUUUGAUUGCUCAGCUUGUAACGACAGCAUCGGGUGUUAUAUCGUAUCCCUUUGAUACUGUACGUAGAAGAAUGAUGAUGCAAUCUGGUUUGCCAGUAAAUAAAAGAAUGUACAAAAAUACUUUGAAUUGCUGGAUCGUCAUUGCUAAGGAAGAAGGCACGCUUGCUUUUUUUAAAGGAGCUCUUUCAAAUGUAAUACGUGGAACUGGUGGUGCACUUGUUUUAGUUUUGUAUGAUGAAAUUAAGAGAAUAAUAAACAAUUCAAUAAAAUAAAAACGUGAGAUUAUGAAAGUA